GCUAUGAUGUUAAGCAUAAGGUGUCGGUGGCUUACCAUCCCCAAACGAAUGGUCAAGCCAAGCUGACAAACCGGGAGCUAAAGCACAUAAUUGAAAAGACGGUAAAUCAGUCCCAUAAGGAUUGGUCCACCAAACUCAAUGAUGCUCUGUGGGCAUUUAAGACAACCUACAGGACGCCGAUUGGCACUUCACCAUAUCAGCUUGUCUAUUUGAAAAGACUUGCCACUUGUCUGUUGAGCUAGAGCACAAGGCCUUAAGUUGCUAAACCUGAAUUUGAGUGUUGCAGGCACUGAAUGUAAGCUGUAGCUGUUGGAGUUGGAAGAAUGGCAUUACCACGUACGUACAAGAAGCUCACCGAGCGUCUUCACGACGCUCGGUUGAAGGGCCCAAAAGAGUUUCAUGUCGGCGAUCGUGUUUUGCUCUAUAACACAUGCCUGAGCCUCUUCUUGGACAAGCUGCGUUCAAGGUGGUCGGGACCAUUCACAAUCACUCAGGUGUUCCUGCAUGGUGUAGUGGAGAUCAGCAAUGCUCAAACUGGGACGUUUAAGGUGAAUGACCAACUCCUGAAGCUGUAUCUGGGAGGUGAUGUAGAGUGCGCUGAGCUGCUGAUCAAGCUCGAGGACCCUUAGUUCCUCCUUCUACGUCCAGCCACAAGACGGUCAAGAAGCGCUUGUGGGGAGGCAAUUCCACUACGGGUUGCAUUUUCUUUUCCCUUUACUCAUUUGAUUUUUGGUUUUGAGUCAUAUAGUCUGUCUUGAGUCUGUCUGGAACCUAUUUUGGGACCCCGAGUGGUGUGUUUUUGUCUCUUGUCGUGUGUUUUUUCGAUCUGGGGCACGAAUGGGGUUGGUUGGUUGAAAUUGUGGUUUGGAAAUUUUUGCAGGGGACUUUCAGCAGUAAAAUUACAGGCACGAGGAGGAAAAGCACGAUCGUGCUACUCAUCCACCUUGCCCAUAUUUCUCGAUUCUCUCCCGCCUGCUCUCGACCUUAAAAGCACGGGCAAAUGGGGUAUUAAAUACGGUCGUAUUUCUAACCCGCUUGCCUGUAAUUCGACCCAAGAAGGGGAAUAUCUUGUGGCAUAAAAAGCACGGCUGGCGGGCAAUUAAGCACGGCCGUGCUCCUGUUUUCUCUCUCCCCCCCCCCCCCCCCGGCGCUGGAAACUCGCACCAUGUAUCCCUCUUCACCGGUGGUUUUCGACGGUAUCUCCUUCCUCCGGCAUCCAAAUUCAAAACCAAAAGCACCACUGUGCUCAUCGCAGCUGGGCUCCCCUUCCUCGAAAGUUUGGUUUUGUUUAGCGGUGAUUCGGUCAUUGGAAAAUCGCGCCUCACUGGCGGUUUUUUGGCCCUAUCUUCCUCCUCCGACCUCUAAACUCAAAUCCGCGACCACCACUGUGUUCCUAGCAUCCUGGUGCCAAAUUCCUAGAGUUUUGUUCCAUUUUGGCGGUUAUCAGUCGACGACGACGAAUUUUUUACGAGACUCCGUCGAUUUCUCCGACGAUCUUUCGGCAACUUUUCGUGUGGUUUCAUCCUCUCCUCGCCUUUCCAGUGGUAUCCACUUGAGCCUCCAGGUGUGUUUCCUUCUUAUCUUGUCUAAUUUUGGAGGAUUGAUACCUAGGUUCUAGGUGAUAAAUUUGGGGAUUUGAG